AUGUUGUGACAGUUGUACCAAACAGUGGGGUUUUAGUCAUUGAAUAACACAUUAGGGGUCUAUUGGGGGCAACAAUGAGUGUAUUGUUAUUGUUAUACGCAAUGAAUGUGUGGUCAAUGACUGAGUAUUGCCAUUGAAUUGUCGUUUAUAUUGAAGACUGAGUUGUCUUUGAGUUUAACUACCGUUAGGUCUGACCUGAAGUACAGCUCAUCACAAGUGACGCCAAUCGUGCCGUUUGACUGCCUUAUGGAUACCCACGGCUGACAUGUCUUUUCCCAACAAAUGUCAUAUCACUCACAACAACAACAAUAAUAAUAACAACAACAACGACAACGACUUUAACGACAAUAGAGUCGGUGAACAACAAGAGAUUGAUUGUCACACAAACCAAGAGAUUAACAAUUUAGUCGACAGACACACAACACAUACUGACACCGAAUCGAUCAACAGAUUAGAUGAGUCCGAAAGUGUUGACAAUCAUCAACAAAGUGUGUCUUUUAUAGAUGUGAAGCCAAUUCUUAAAAGAAAGAGUUUAGACGAGAUUGAGAUUAAGACAUUGCCAUCGAUUCUUAAAAAGAAGGAUAGCUUUGAUUAUCUUUCCAAACACGCUAUUCUUAAGCGUCAUUCAUUGGGAUCAGAGUCUGAUAAUCGAAAUCCAAAACAAUUUCUGAUAACUAAAGAAAUAGAUAUCAGUUCAACGCCUUCUUCGAGUUCAAAGCCAUCGAAAAUUCAUUCAAUACUCAAACACAAGAGUUUUGAUGAGAAGUUUGUCCAAUCGAGAGAUGACCAGAGUUUGCCUAAACCUAUACUCAAAAAGAACUUAAGUAUUGAAGACGAGAUUGAAAAGUGUCUGAAUAUAAACAAUGGAACAAAUGGUUCAAAUGCCGGCUCCAGUAGUCAAUUAGCUAACAGUCCAACUGAUAAUAGCAAUGGAUAUUAUAGCAGAACUCGAAGUAUUCUCAAGUUUGCAUCAGAGCAUCAAAAGACAGUUGUGAUGAAUCCAAAAGUUGAAGUCAAGAGUAUUCUUAAAACUGGACACAAGAACGACUCAAAACCAGUCAAAAGUGCUCUUAAAAAAUCCGACCUUAACUUUGACACUAAAUCUGAAGUGAAAUCAAUACUCAAGUCAGAGAGCAUUGGAUCAAAUGAAAAGAUCAAUUUGUCAGACACUGACUCCUCAUCGAGUGAUGAUAACAAUGAUGUGGAUCUAAGUGUUUCCGCCAAUAGUAGUGUCGAAACUCAGUCGCAAUCACAUGAGUCCAGUGGUGUUUGCAGUGAUAAUAAUCACAAAAAUAAUGAUAAUUCCAUUGAAACAAACAAUUCUUGUGCUUUCAAAACAAAAGAUGAAAAACCAAAUCAAAGGUUUUUGGCAAAUAAUCGACAAUUGGAAACAAAACGACCAAAUAGUUGUAUUGUUAUGAAUACUAAUCAAUUGGUUAAUAUUGAUGACCAAUUAGAUGAACAAUCAGAAGCAGACAAAGAUGUCGGUCAAAGUAUUUUCCAUCGAUUGGCUGCUCUUAAACAGAAUGGAGAGGAAGGCUGGAAGAAAAGGAUUUCUAAAUGUGAUAACAAAGAAGUGACAUUAAGAGUGAAAUCUAAUGAGAAUGUUGGACGCGUUCGCACCACAAGUAUUGCAGACAGACUCUCUCUCUUAGAAGAUUCGAGUCAAAAGUGGAAGAAUAGAGUCCAAGAAAAAGAUGUCAAACAGUUUACAGUGGAGGGAAAAAUGCUCGAAAAGGACACUCCAGUUAAAGUUAUACCAGAUGUUCAACGAAAGACACCAAAAGCUACGGUUUUUCGUAGCGAAAAAACUGCUGAAAUGCUUAACACACAAUUAAGACACUCUUUAGCUGUUCCAAAACUGGUGAUUCCACAAACUAAUGGUUCAAAUUCGCAAUGUAUAAAACUAAAUGAUAAUAAACCAGUUGUUUUGCCAAUUCUUAAAACAGAUGACGACAAUUUCAAUUCAUUCUUUUCUAUUGAUACUUUCAAAAGUGAUAGAAAUGAGAUUAUAAGUAAUGAAUCUUUUGAUAGCUUAAGCACCGGAAUGUCAGAUCUUUUAAUUCAAAAGAGAUCAGUCAAACCUCAGGGCCGACGUAAGGCCACAACAAAUCCAAUUCGAAGUUUAAGUGAAAGAACUGAUUUUAUUGUCGAUUCUUAUGUUGAAUUUGAUAGUAAAGAAAAUGACAAAAUAGAUGAUAAAUUAGAUGAAAAUAAUGUGAAACCAAAGAGAUCCAAAGAUUUGGUCAAAUCGUCAAGUUUUGCGGCAUCAGCUUUGGCCGGACUCGCCACUCGUGAGGAUAUUAGAGGAUUAGCUGGAAAAUUGCGAAGUUCUUGUUCCUCUCCUAGAGAUUCGUGGAAAAGCUAUGAUAUGCCGAACUCAAUGCAAACUUUAAUGUUAGUACAGAUAAAAGGGCGUCGAAGAGCUCAGACCCGAUUAGUGGAACCGACCAUUAAAUCAAUGAAUAGCGGCGACUCAUACAUACUUGUGUCCAGAGAUAGUAUAUAUGUUUGGAUCGGAGAGUUUUCCAAUGUUAUUGAGAAAACCAAAGCACUGGAAAUUGCAAACCAAAUACAAGAGAAAAAAGAUCUUUGCUUUCGUUCAUCUAAUAGUUUAGUUAUCAUUGACUGUCAGAAAAAAGAAUCAAUUAAUAAACAGACAAAUGAAAUGUUUUUAAAGCAAUUGAAUGCAAAUUUUAAAAGUUGUAUAAAUCUUCCGAACAAUCCAGAAGAAGAUGAGAUAUAUGAGGACACAAUUAUUGGUACAAAUAUGAUAUAUCGAGUAAAUAAUGAACAACUGGUUCCUUACGAACCAUUCUGGGGUCAAACACCGCGAUAUGAAAUGCUUGACUCAGAAAAGUGUUUUGUAUUUGACUUCGGCUCUGAAAUGUAUGUUUGGAUCGGAAGUAAAGCACAAACCGUUGAAAAGAAGUGCGCUCUGGACUCAGCUAAAGAUCUUUGGAAUAAAGGCUAUGAUUAUACUGAAUGUGAUAUAAAUCCUUUUGGACUCAAUAUCACCAAAAAAGACACGAAACGUCCGCAUUGGUCGUGGUUUAUGAAAGUCAGUCAAAACAUGGAAUCUAUUCUAUUCAAAGACAAGUUUGUCAACUGGCCUUCAACUCCAAGUGCAACCAAAACAAAGAAAAUUGAAAUACCGGUUCCUAAAAAUAUUUAUUCUGAUAAUAAUUUUAGCACAAUUGACGCAAAAUCUUUGAUUGAAUCAAAAGCACACGAACCCGAUAUGAUCUUAGAAACGGCACAUUUAGGACGUGGAGUUCGAUGGGAUGAUGAACUUGAAGGCAGACAUAUAUCCAUUACCUCAUUAGAUGUCAAAUGUUGGCUAAUUUCAGAUUAUGAAAAACAUGAACUUUUAAAUCCCGAUAUGUAUUACUUUUAUUCUGGUGACACUUAUGUUGUCCGUUGGCAUUACCGACUGUCACGUGUUGGUCGAGAAUUGAAAACUGGAAAUAUAUCGCGACAUUCAAUGAUAGGAAGAGAUAGGAUUUGCUAUUUCUUUUGGCACGGAUUGUACACUAAGAGCACUGAAAAGGGAGCCUCAGCUCUGAUGACCAUUGAAUUAGACAAAGAAAAAGCUCAACAGGUUCGGGUAUCACAAGGGAAUGAAGAUCCGUGUUUUCUCAAUAUAUUCAACGGUUCACUCGUUAUAUUGAAUGGCAAACGAGGAAACAAAGAAAUGACUAAUUGUCAGAAAUGGAGAUUAUUUUACAUAAGAGGUGUUUUGCCAAAUGAGGCAUCACUUGUUGAAGUUAUUCCUAAAGUUCAAAGUUUAAGAAGUCGGACAGCUUUUGCUUUUGUUAACCCUUCGAGUCAUUUGAUAUAUGUUUGGUUUGGAUGCAAGUGUUUGGAUGAAACUCGACAAGUGAUGAGACAAACCAUUGAAAAUCUCAUUAAAAAUAAAUGGUCUGAACUUUUAAAACCAAACGUCAAUUAUACGACUAAAGAGAUCAAUGAGAACGAAGAGGAAUCAGAAUUUUGGAAUUUGUUUGAAAGUCAUGAUAGAAGACAACGAAGAAAACUCUAUUAUUCAUUACUCGAUAGUCCACUCACUUAUAAGUUUAGUCCAAGACUUUACCAUUUAAGCUCUUCGUCGGGAGAAUUCACUGCUAAAGAGAUACUGUGUUCGCAAAGGAGUUGCGAUUACGUGACUCCUUAUCCUUUCACUCAAGAAGACCUUUAUAGCGCACAACAGCCAACAUUUUUCUUAUUAGAUAAUGAAAGCCAAAUAUUUUUAUGGGAAUCAAAGUAUGCAUUUACUAAACAAGUCGUCGAUGAAUCUGAAGUCAACACAACCACUGGUUCACAGAAUAUUCGUUGGAAUGCAGAGCGCAAGUAUGCUCUCGACUCAGCCCUCGCUUAUUGUUUCGCCAAAAACAGUAAACAACCACCAAAUGGAUAUGUUGUUUGUGCCGGACUCGAACCCAACUCUUUUUGUGCACUGUUUCCUCAGUGGACAACCAGACAGGAUGUGUCUAAUCUGCAUAUUAAAGACGGUCGCAAAGCUGGAGAAAUGGUUUCAAUACAAGAAGUUUUGUCUCAAUACAGAACUAAUUAUAGUUUGGAUGAAUUACGUAAAAAACCACUUCCGGAAGCACUCAACCCAUUGUCACUCGAAUCGUACUUAAGUGCCGAUGACUUUAAGGAGGCAUUGGAAAUGACAAGAGAAGAAUUCUAUGGUUUGCCGCUUUGGAAACAAACAUAUCUCAAACAAAAAGCAAAUUUAUUUUAAUGGCAUUUUGUGUAUAAUAUAAGUUAUAUUAACUAUUUUUAUAGACGCAUAAAACAGGCAAAAUUGUCGACAAAAAAUACCAAAAAAGACCGAAUUGAAGCUGUGAUGCAAAUCUAAUGUUAAUUAUAUAUCAAAUC